AUGCCAAAGUCUUACAUUCCAAAACGGGUUCCCCACUCAAUGUUAAAUGAAACAGUACGAGUCUAUUGCAGUUUGAGCUCACAACCCACUAGCCAGAGCGGGUCGGCCAUCCUCCCUGCUAUCUUCUUUAAGUAUGCUUAUACCCUGUGCCGCUCGACAGGCUCGCAACUAACCUCACAAAGCUAUCACACAUCUAUUCUCUGUACAAAGCACAGUUUUCCUCCGCUAGCUAGGAAAGUCGAUAUCAAGUCCAUGUAUUCUCCCCCUUCAUCCAAUAGCAUCACGGUGCCAUACGGGCAUUAUAUAUACCCAUUAGCUAGGGGAUUGCCAGCCAGCAAAGCACAUCAGACAGUGUGCUGCUCGCUUUUGACCGUCCUUAGCCUUCUCAGCCUCGCCGCAGACGAGCACGAUAGCUUGUGCACAUUUUCGCCACCACUAAAUUGCCGAGCGCCGCACCCCUCUCCAAUCAAUAACCGCGAUUUACCCUCAGAGAAAGCGCCACCCCCGCCAUUCUCACCUGCGGAGAGAAUGAAGUCAAGAAACGCAUGCAAGCGUAGUCCUAUGCCUUUCAAGGGAGCUCUAAAGAAGCUCUUAGUGCAUGAUGUCAAAGCAAUUAAAUGGCCUCCAGAUCCAAAGGAGGGAACUGUGGAGCCCUACCUAGAGCUUAAAUACCAAGCGGAUUCCUCAGGCCACAUUGACAACCCCAUCAAGGGCAUCCCUAAGAGAAUCCAGGCUGUUAGUACGGUCUGGGUAUGGUAG